GUAAGGGAAUCACUUUAACAGAUCCCGACAAUAUCGUUAUCACAUCUGGAAAACGCAGCCUGUCUCAGAUCUCCGUUUACCAGAUUGACAACCCCAAAAAGGGAGGCUGGACUCUAGCUGUGUCAGGGAGCAAUGGAGGUCACGAAUUUUACGUCAAAUCUACUAGUGAGACAAACGUCGACUUCGAACAUUACUUCCUUAUUCCAUUAAGCCGAAGGCGUCGUCGGGAGACGUCUGAAGUACCUAUUUCAAAUCCAGUAAUUGGCAAAGCGAACAAGGUGGUUAUAACAGUCGCAGGUUCUGAGAAAGUCAAUUCAAGCUCCGUGCGUUUGGAACUCAUUACCACUGAAGGAACUAGGAUCAGUGACGUCACACUACAGACAGCUGACCAUGUCCAUUUCACCUCAAGCUUCACUCCUCGUGCAACUCAGCCAUUCAAAUUCAAGCUCAGAGGCAUCACUCGUGGCGGGAACCCGUUUGAAAGGAUUUCGCACCAGACAAUCAAACCGACGACGGUCGUGCUUAGGGGAAAGUAUGCCAGCAAUGACUAUACCCUCCCUCUAGGAAGAGUCUCGUUUGUUCAUUUUCAGCUGUGCAAUUUCGGUGCCAGUGAAUUUUUUGACGUGACCACCGUAAAGGACAAGAUGGGGUACUUGCUCUCUCGGAAUGUGAGAUCAAGGCGGGUGACAAAGGGCCGUUGUGCUACACUUUCCGUUCGCGCUAAAGCUACACGUCCUACUGAUGUAGACAAAACAGAUAUUGUGUUUUUAAUCGCCAAGGGUCAAACAUCUAAAGUUGUUGCUUCACAAGCAAUGCGUCUGUUCGUUGUCUCUUAAGAUCAUCGGAGUCACAUCGGAAGUGUUUUUGCUAAUAAACGACAGCAAAUGUAAACAAAGAAAAGCAUCUAGAAUAAAAGAAUAGAGAAUAAAGAAGUUGAUAUCAGGACCAUGA